AUGGCAGCACCGAACAUGGAUCAGUUCGAAGCGUUUUUUAGGAGAGCAGAUUUGGACGGAGAUGGAAGAAUCAGUGGAGCUGAAGCCGUAGGUUUCUUUCAGGGAUCCAACUUGCCUAAACACGUUCUUGCUCAGGUAUGGAUGCAUGCUGAUCAGUCCAAAACUGGUUUCCUUGGGCGGAAUGAUUUUUAUAAUGCUUUGAGAUUAGUAACUGUUGCUCAGAGUAAGCGAGAUUUAACUCCUGAUAUUGUGAAAGCAGCGUUGUUUGGUCCGGCUGCUGCUAAAAUUCCUCCACCGCAGAUCAAUCUUGCUGCUUUGCCUCCACAGCGUCAGAAUCCAGUGGCUGCCUCGUCUGUUGGGCAGAUGGGUGUGAAUGCCGCACCCACGUCUACUCAAAAUCUUGCUUAUAGAGGACAGGGGUUAACAGGCUCUGAUGUGAGCCCACAAUAUCUUCCUUCCCAACAGAAUGCUAAUAUGAGACCACCUCAAUCACAGGGGUUAGUAGGUUCUGUUGCAAACCAGCAAUAUCUACCUUCUCAGCAGAAUGCUAAUACAAGACCACCUCAAUCACAGGGGUUAGCAGGUUCUGUUGUAAACCAGCAAUAUUUACCUUCACAGCAGAGUCCUAACAUGAGACCACCUCAAUCACAGGGUUUUUCAGGUUUUGUUACAAGCCCACAAUAUCUCCCUUCCCAGCAGAGUCCUAACAUGAGACCACCUCAAUCACAGGGAUUACCAGGUUCUGUUGCAAAUCCACAAUAUCUUCCUUCCCAGCAGAAUCCAACCAUGAGACCAACUCAAUCCAUGCCUGCCGGUAGUGCCCCUGGUCCACAACAAUUUAUGCCUCCAGGUAGUGCCCCUGGUCCACAACAAUUUAUGCCUCCAGGUAGUGCCCCUGGUCCACAACAAUUCAUGCCGCUUGGUAACACUCCUCGUCCACCUCAAUCAAUGCCCAGUGGUACAGCCCCUCGUCCGCAACAGGGUUUUGCAGGUACCAAUGUCUCAAAUGCUAACAUCUCAAAUGAUUGGAAUAGUGGAAGGACUGCCAUGCCUCCUUCUAGGCCUGCAGGAAUCACUCAAUCUGUUGCCUUACCAACGCCAACAUCACCGUCUCCGGUCUCACCAAUGUCCCAGCCAACAGCUAUUACCACUAAAGCAUUGGUUGUUUCUGGAAAUGGGUACCCUUCCAACUCAGCUUUGGACGACGACUUUUUCUCUUCUGCCGCAUCUACACCGAAACAAGAUCCUAUUCGACAGAAUUAUCCUGUUAGCAGUGCACCUGCCUCAUCGUCCAUUGUUCCAGUUUCCAGUAGUGCCAACCCUGCAAGUAGGCAAAGUUCACUUGAUUCAUUGCAGAGUGCGUUCUCAAUGGCACUUACAAAUAGUCAGAUUCCGCGGACACAGUCUUCACCAAACACAGCCCAGCAAAUUUCACCAUCAGCUUCUUCUCCACUUACAACAUCUGGGAGAUCAGUUGGACUCGGAAAUACUACUUCUGACAGUUCACAACCUCCGUGGCCAAAAAUGAGACCUUCUGAUGUGCAAAAGUAUGCAAAGGUGUUUAUGGAAGUUGACUCCGACAGGGAUGGGAAAAUCACUGGGGAGCAGGCACGCAGUCUAUUUUUAAGUUGGAGAUUGCCGAUAGAUGUCUUAAAGAAGGUGUGGGACUUAUCUGAUCAGGAUAGUGAUAGCAUGCUCUCUUUGAAGGAGUUUUGCUAUGCUCUUUAUUUGAUGGAGCGGUAUAGGGAAGGCCGUCCUCUUCCGCAAUCUCUUCCAAGUAAUAUUAUAUUUGACGAAACAUUGAUGUCUAUGACGGGGCAUCCAAAAAUCCCUCAUGGAAAUGCAGCAUGGGGUGUAAACCCAGGUUUUCAGCAGCAACAAGGAAUGCCAGGUACUCGGCCAGUGGCACCAGCAGCUGGUUUGAGGCCACCUGUGCAAGGAACGCCUGCUCGGGCUGAUGGCACUGUCCUGCCUGAUCAGAAAAAGUUUGGAACAUCUGUGUUGGAUGAUUCCUUUUCGAAUGACACAGAUAAUAGUAAGCAGAAUAUCGAGACUGCAGAGAAAAAGCCUGAAGAAAUGCAGAAUAUGAUAUUGGAUUCAAAAGAGAAGAUUGAGUUGUACCGCAACAAAAUGCAGGAAUUGGUCCUGUAUAAAAGCAGAUGUGAUAACCGCCUAAAUGAGAUUACUGAAAGGGCAUCUGCAGAUAAGCGUGAGGCAGAAUCAUUGGGCAAGAAAUAUGAAGAGAAAUACAAACAAGUUGCAGAAAUAGCAUCCAAAUUGACUAUAGAAGAAGCUAAACUUCGUGAUAUACAGGAAAGGAAAACAGAGUUGCAGCAAGCCAUCGUCAAAAUGGAACAAGGAGGCAGUGCAGAUGGCAUUCUUCAGGUUCGUGCUGAUCGCAUACAAUCAGAUCUUGAGCAGUUAUUUAAGGCUCUUGCUGAACGGUGCAAGAAGCAUGAGAUAGAUGUGAAGUCAAUUGCAAUGGUUCAGCUUCCUGAUGGUUGGCAACCUGGAGAUCCAGAGGGGGCAGCUGUUUGGGACGAAGAUUGGGAUAAGUUUGAAGAUGAAGGAUUUGCCAAUGAUCUCACUUUUGAUACGAAAAGUGCAUCUUCAGAGCCAAAACCUUCAUUCAUUCCUGGAGAAAAUUCCUUUGACGAUAACCUGGUUCAUGGUUCACCUGUGAAUGCAAAUGGGAUGCAAGAAAAUUUCACUAAUGGUGAUUAUACAGUUGAGGAGGAAUCUUCUUAUGCACAUAGUGAAGAUGACUUGGCAAGAAGCCCUCACGAUAGCCCAUUUGUAACAAAUACAGUGGAGAGUCCUUCAAAAGAAUUUUCAACUUCUCCUUUCGCUAAAAGUUCCGAAGCAGAUGCAGAAACACACAGAAGUUUUGAUGAAUCAACCUGGGGUGCAUUUGACAAUAAUGAUGACGUGGACUCGGUGUGGGGUUUUAACCCCAAGGACUCUGACUUGGAUAAGCAGGGAGAUUUCUUUAAAUCUGGUGAUUUUGGCUUAAACCCGAUUAGAACAGGAUCUACAUUUAAUGAUGGUGCUUUCCAGGCAAAAAGCCCAUUUGCUUUUGAUGAUUCAGUGCCUGGAACUCCAUUCUCCAAGUUUGGAAACUCUCCAAGGUACAGCGAGGCAGGGGAUCAUUUUGACACGUCAAGAUUCGAUUCCUCUUUCAGCAUGCAUGAAAGUGGAAAUUCUCCACAAGCAGAAAGAUUUACGAGAUUUGAUUCGAUUAGCAGCAGCAGGGAUUUUGGCAACAAUUUUGGCAAUAAUCACGAGAAAUUUUCAAGAUUUGAUUCCAUUAGUAGCAGCAAGGAUUUUGGCUAUAAUCCUGAUAAAUUCUCAAGGUUUGAUUCCAUGAGUAGCAGCAAAGAUUUUGGUUACAAUCCUGAGACGCUCACAAGGUUUGAUUCCAUGAGUAGCAGCAAAGAUUUCGGCUUUGGUGGUGGUCAGGGACAUGCAAGGUUUGACUCAAUUAGUAGCAGCAAGGACUUGGGCUACAGUGCUCCAUUCUCUUUUGAUGACUCUGAUCCAUUCGGCUCUUCUGGCCCAUUUAAGGUUUCUUCAGAGAAUCAAUCUCCAAAGAAAGGCUCUGAUAAAUGGAGUGCGUUCUAG